UCCCUCCCUUUUCCACAGAGUGGCAGCGCUGGCACAUCAUCGUCCAGAAAAGCCUGAGCUGCGGUAUCUGCCGGUGUGUGCACCUCUGUACUCGGAUUCCUCACGUUAAAGCCGGGCAGGCGUCAGCCAAAAGCUCCACGGGCAGCUGAGUGAGACCGGGGAUCUUUACAGAAUAACCUUUCAGCAAAAGAAAAUUUUAUAUUUUGGGAGAAAAUAAUAAGCGUCUGCCCUGGCUGCGCUGGCGUAAGUGGAUUAAAGAAGAGACGGGACAUCUGGGCUGAGAGGUAUUGCUCCUGUGCCGCGCAGUAGCGCGCACAGAACAGCCACAGAAGCUGCAGACGCACUGAAAGAGUAUAAGGGAGAAGGAAGGUGGAGGAUAUUUUACGCACCACAGCACCAGCCCUGAAUUCGUUGUACUUUCAGCUAUAUACUAAGUCGUUUAGUUGUCGCUUGGAUUUCCUCCAGACCAAGUCCAAAGCCACACUGAUCAGCAAGAAUGGAUUUCUUCAUCCUGGCGGCUCUGGCGCUGUGCUCUCUCACAGCGCCAGCCUUUGGGGACAAAGGGUCCAGCAAAGCCCGGACUUGUUCGGACAUUCAACGGUUUUACGGCGGAAAGGGAUUCAACCAGGAUGGUGUCCCACAGUUUGAAAUGUCAGGGGAGCACCUGCGCAUUUGUCCCCAGGGUUACACCUGCUGCACCAUCGAGAUGGAGGACAAUCUGGCUACGCUCAGCCGCAGGGAGAUGGAAGGCCUUCUCAGAGAAGCUAAGCGACCCUUACAGAGCUCACUUUCAUACAGUUACAACACAUUCAAUGGCUACAUGGAUGAUUUAAUGAAUAGGUCCAGGGCCACCCUUCAGGAUACGUUCACUUCAACAUGGGGCUUUUUAUACUCCAGAAAUUCCCAGCUCUUUCAUGACCUGUACCAGGAUUUGAGGGACUACUACCGGAGUGCCAGUGUCAAUCUGGAGGAGGUGCUGAAUGAAUUCUGGACCAAGCUGCUGGAGAAGCUUUUUUACCAAGCAAAUAAGCAGAGUUCAAUAGAUGAGGACUACCAGGAGUGUGUGUCAAAGAAAAUAGAGACACUUCGACUUUCUGGAGAGGCCGCCCAUAAAAUGACGAUACAGGUCACUCGUACAUUUGUGGCGGCACGUGCAUUCCUCCAGGGACUGCAAACCAGUCGAGAAGUGGUGGGCAAAGUGUUACAGGUGCCACUGAGUCAGAAGUGCAUGGGAGCUAUUAUGAGGAUGACUUACUGUCCCCACUGUCGUGGCAUGCCCACUGCUAAACCCUGUGCCAACUACUGCAGCAACGUCAUGAAGGGCUGCCUCGCCAACCAGGCUGACCUCCAUACAGAAUGGUCACAUCUAGCAGAUACAAUGAUUGAGGUGGGAGAGCGCCGCUUGGAUGAUGUGGAAAGCGUGAUCCCUUACCUCCCAAAUCAGAUAUCAGAAGCCAUGUUUAGUAUGAUGGAUAACAUGGAAACCAUCAACAGCAAGCUGUUCCAGGCAUGUGGCAGCCUCAGUGAAGGAGGAGCCACCAGCUCCGGAUUUGAAGAUAUCACCAGUAAAAGAAGGGUCGUAGUCGAUGACAGGAGUGUCAUCAAAAUGCCGAAGUCGGUGUCUGAUGUCAACAUGAAGCUGAGAGAAAUACGACCAUAUUGGGUUUCCCUACCAAAGGUUCUUUGCAGUGACAGAGUUGCCAGUGGAACCGGGGCUGAGGACAAGUGCUGGAACGGCAUGAGUCGUGCCAGAUAUCUGCCUGAGGUGAUUGGUGAUGGCCUAGCCAGACAGAUCAACAACCCUGAAGUGGAGAUCGACAUCUCCAAACCAGACAUGAAAAUCCGCCAGCAAAUAAUGCAACUGAAGAUCAUGACCCACCGGCUGAAGAAUGCUCUUAAUGGCCAGGAUGUGGAUUUUCAAGAUACCAGUGAUGAUGUCAGUGGAUCAGGAAGUGGCAUGUGUGCAGAUGACAUGUGUUCCCGGGGGCCACGCCUUGUUGCCCCAGUGACCGAACCACCCAGAGUCUAUGCCUACCCACCAAGGAAUAAGGAAGUGAGAGGUUCAGCGUCACAAAGUCUCCCUUCAUUCAGCAUCCUUUUGCUUUCACUGCUCAUCCUGUUGCUGCGGCGAUAAUUGGUGGGAGAGUUCUUCUUCCUGGGACUGAGUUUGGGACAUGGGGGACUGGAGAGUUUUAACAGACAGGGAGGAAAUAUUAGGGGUUAGUUUCUUUGCCAAAAGUAAGCCAAUUAAUAGAAACAAUAGCAAAAAUUACUCGAAUUGACCUUCUUUGGUUUUAAAACACAAUGAAGUCAUGAGUAUUGAUCUGUGUUUCUGUUCUUCUCCUGUUCUUGAUUUGUCGGUAUUCUAUGACACUGUUAGAGUUGGUCUUUUGGCAUCCUCUAAUGGUUUGAUUCUAGUGUUUGGGUUCUCCAAAAUAAUAUUUUCACCUAAGACAUUAUAAAACUGUACAGCUAGCAGUAAUUUAGAUAUUGACAUGAUGGGAAGAAGGAGAAUGGAGCAAUGCGGUAGCCCCUAUGUGCACAUUUGAUCUCCACUUUUAAUCUGUAGAAAUUAUUUAUUUAUUAGAAGUUAUCAAUAGAGCAAUAAUUAGACUAUUCACAUCUCUGGUUUAAAAGCAAAAUAAAUAAAUAAAAAACACAAUCUAGAUAUUCAAAAGACAACUUUCAGGAAGGAUAAUCUGAACAACAUGACCCAUUAGACCUGUUGAUGCGUUAUGCUUUGCAGUGUUAUUACAUGUAAUCUUUUUCUGCAGCGGGAUCUGAGCUGAUGCCGUCAGCACUUUCUGCCCGUUUAUCUCUAAUCUGCAAUAAAAGUCGUCAUAAUAUUCACACAGACAUGUCCCUUCUGUCCUGUCUUCCAUUCCAUCCAUCCACUCCUCCAUUUGCCCCCACCACAUCCAACUCCCACACCACCCAGUUACCCCAUUCUCCUGCUGGCAGUGAAGCAUCAAGCUGAGGUUCCGGUUUAAGCAAAGUGCUCACAUGACCGGAUAUAGUCUCAAUUGACAGAGAGUGGAACAGUGUAGUUAGUUAGAAGGCUGCCCUUGUCACAGAGCAGAAAUAUAUGCAGAAGCAGAAAUACAACUUUCUUGCCCUCACGUUGUUCAGUACUUUUUUCAGUGUUCAUGGCAGAUCAAAGUUAUUGUACACAGCCAGAAUUUUAGUGCUGUGGGCUUUAUGUGUGCGUGUAGCAACAAUUACAGUCAAGGCAAAUCAAGCACAUCCUUGAAAUUUACUAUUGUUUUAAUGGCAGAUGAAGCAGUGUACAUAUUUUUUGUUUGUUCUUUUUUGCGUUCUUGGGGAAAAUAUCAAACCAAUUCUCCCACUGAUGUAUUUCUAUCAUGAUCUGUUUGCCACUUAUUUCCAUGCAACAUUUCCAUAUGAGUGCUACUUCUUAGUCUGACUCCUUCCUCCCCUAUUUUUCUUUUUUUUUGCUCGUCAGCUAUAAAGACCUAUUGAACUCUUUUCAUGCUUCUACAUGAUGUCGAGGCAAAGAUGACAAUGACACAGUCCUUUGUUAUGUGUCAACCUUCCAGGGAAUGUUUUGGGAAAACAUUAUACCUUUUCCUGAUAAGAUGCUAGCUAGAGAGAAACGAUGUACCACAUUUUAAUUCAAAGAUGCGUUGCAGUUCUCAGUUCGAAUGAAUUCACAUGCAGGAUGAGGGACAAUGCUUGCAUGUACUGUAUGUAUGAGUUCAUUGCGUAAAUCCGAAUGUGUGUACUUGUCUGUGACCGAUAAAGCAAAGAGGGGACAAACAAGAGAGCCUGCAUAAAUCUUGUUUGGAUGGCACAGAAAGGAAAUCUAUUAAAACGUUCUGGUCUAUUAAAAUGCUCCGGUCUAACAAUGUAUGACAGAGCGCUGUUAAACUGACAGCAAUAGGAGAUUAAUAUAGUCCAUUUUUCAAAAAUAGCAUUUUCAACUACUGCUGUAAUAGCUCACAUUCUGUAUUAAUGGCUUCUGUACUGUCAGAAUUGCAUGUGACAACGAGAUUGAAAUACAGGAAUUAAAUUGAUGUGAUUUUUAAAAUGUGUCACUGCUCCAGAUGGGACAGUCCAUGGACGUUUAUGUUAAAAAACAAUUUUCUCUGUGUACCUAGAUUUUUGGAAAUAAUGCAACUCCAAAGUGCAUUUGUUUUAUGUGAUAAUAGAAAAGUCUCUUAUACUGUCUUCUUUCUUUUUCUUUUUUUUCUAAAAAAAAAAAAAAGAGCUCUAUUAAUGAAUGAGUUGUUUCUGUUUAACUGUGUAUGUCUUUUUUUUUGUCCCUGGUUAGAAAAUGUGCCUGAGACUGCCUUUGAUACUUUGGGGUCACAUUAAAGAUAUAAAGAGAGAAAUGGUACAAUGUUGGUUGGUAAAAAAAAAAAAGCAAUAUAUUUUAACAGAAACCUUUAGUACCACUGCAAGGGUCUCAGUGUGUGACUGAGAAUGAAUGUGAACGCCCUAAUAAAAGCAAAAAAUUACUCACUGACUGUCAUGGUGACAUUCCAGCUCAAAGACAACCCUUUGACUUUAGAACGAUAACUUCAAUUUCAGUGACUCCCUCACAAUGUCAUUGGCUGAAAUUUGCACAACCCCCUCCAAACCUCACCCUUUUUUUUCAUUCAUUUUCUGAUCUCAUUAGUUUGCUCUCCUUGUCCCCCUCCCAUUUACCAAAACAUGCACUUUUAUGAGGCCACAAAAUGGUAUUGUCUGCACAAAGACAUCACAAGGUACUCGAUCAAUGAGAAAGUCAACACCUUCCAGAAAUGACUAUUGAUUUGGGAAUGUGUGUAUGCAGAUAGAUGUGGUCUGGCAUGCUGAGUCCUGUUUGAGGACGGUGACGGAGUGUAAACACGAAGCUCCAAAGUGUGAAAGGAAGCUUGAUAAUGGUUUGCACUGAUCUCAGGUCAGCAUGUAUCCUACAACCUUGCCUUCAUUCAUCGCUGCUCAGUUCCUUGCAAAAGUAUUCAUACCCCCUUUUUAUCAAUUUGUCACUUUACAAACACAAAUUAGAAUAAAUUUGAUUUAGAUUUUUUUGUGAUAGACCAAAGCAAAGCAUCACAUUAAUAUCAAGUCGAAGGAAAAUGUUUUCAAUGUUUUUCUUUUUUUUUAUUACAAAUAAAAAUUUGAAAACUAUAAUAUUUUUAUGUAUUCAGCACCAAUUUGCAGAAUCACAUUCUGCUGUAAUUACAUCUUUUAUGGGAAAUACCCGAGCAAGAUUUGUACAUCUAAAGACUAAACAUCUUGACAAUUUUGUUUCCGACAUAGCUCAAACUCAAUCAGGUUGGAUGGAGACAUGAAGUUUUAGGUUUUGGUACAAAUUCUGAAUUUGAUUUAUAUCUGGACUCUGAGUAGAUCAUUCUAAUGCUUGAAUAUUCUUUAAUCUAAACCCCUUUGUCCUAUGUUUAGGGUCGUUGUUCGGCUGGAAGAUGACCCUUAGAGCAUUGCUCCUCAUUUUGCACCAUCCUUCCUCUGACCAAAUGUAACUAUUUUUCCUAAAUUUGCUUAACUUAAUUAUCCCCACAGCAUGAUACUGCCACCACCAUCUUUCACUGUGUGAAUGGGGUGUUCAUGAUGAUGCACAUUGCCAGUUUUCUAUCACACAUUGUGGUUUGCAUGUGACGUUCAGUAUUGUGACUAGGACGUUCAGUAUUAUGCUUACCUGACCAGAGCACACAUUUCCACUUGCUCUGUGUGUCCACUACAAGACUUGUGGAAAACUGUAAACUGGAUUUAAAGUGGCUUUUUCCCACAAUGGUUUUCUACUUGCCUCGACUAUAUGAACACUUUUGCAAUGCACAGAAGUUGGCAAAACUGCAAUGCAUACUACCCAUCUCAAAAACAAUGUCCUUAUUUGUGCUGGGAGCUUGAAGAGUGUUUCAAAGUGGUAACAAUAUAUGGGGAAGAGAAAUGUUUUAUUUCUAGUUUAGAUUUACAUUGAUUUUAUUGUUAUCAGAAAUUUAUUGAGAGUCUGUUUCUAUGGUGAAAACAGGUGCCAUGAAGAGCUGGAGAAAUAUCUACAAUAACAUGUCUCACUUGCUGUUGUACCUGCAAUAUUGUGUCAAUUAUAUACAUUGUAAGAUUUUCAA